AAAAUCCAAUGGAACCACAGUUCGAAAUAAAUCAGUCCAUCCAAUUCCAAUCAUGUCACACUUCAUCCUCUUGGGAUAAUGGAGUUGUAAAUGCAUCAAAUCUAUGUCUUAGAUCACCACCAUAUUUACAAAUAGAACGCCUAUUCAGUAUGUAGUUCAAACAUCAAAUAACGAGAAGUAAUCACUUUCAUUAAUCUCAAGACUCUACCUCAAUGAGCAGCAAAUCAAGGCUAUCGAAUCGGCAGCAAAAACACAUCAAGUCUCUUAUAACAUUGAAUUCUAACGAAUACUCUCGUAAUUAAUUAUGCAAAAGAAUGAAGACCAACUGAUUGAAGAGGUAAUCACUCCCAUUAUACUCUUAGUUGAAAUCUCUGCUCAAACGUAUCACACCCUAACAAGUUAUGUAAGAACAGAAUGGAGCCAAGAUCAUUUACACCACCUACCAAUUUCUAAUCAUGAGAAAACCUUCCAUACUCAGGAAUUACCCCUUUGCUCCCACAAAUCCAGUACUCAAACAACUCAAGAAACUAAUUUAUGCAAUCAAAAAAGAAGUGCUUCUAAAUGUACAAAUUUAAAUUUUACAAUUAGUCGAACUUAAUUUAAAUACAAACUCACUCCAACUUAAACUCAGAUUCAUUUAAACACAUCAAACUCAAAAAACAACUACAAAAACAAUCACGCAAAAUGACUCAAAUUUACGAUGACUCAGAAAAAGAAGAACAACCUACUGCCUUCUAUGCCAAUUUAUGUAAAUAUCAAUUUCUAUAUUCCAAGUGCCCAACAAAUCAGCAUUCCGACCCUACAAAUCUGAUUCUAUGAAUCAUCAAUUUGAAUAAUUAUCUAUUUAAACUAAACCCUCACCAAAAAUCGAUUAAAUUAAAACUAUCUAUUUCAAACCCAUUAUUAUAUAAGGACUGCUGUGUUGAG